AUGGAGCUGGAGCGGCCGGCGCGCGCGGAGGUGCGCAUGAGCCAGGCCAUCCAGCCUGCGCACGCCAACGCCCGGGGCGAGCUGAGCGCUGCACAGCUGCUCAAGUGGAUCGACACCACAGCCUGCCUGGCGGCUGAAAAACAUGCUGGCGUUUCCUGUGUCACAGCCUCAGUGGAUGACAUACAAUUUGAAGCAACAGCUAGAGUUGGACAAGUUAUAACCAUCAAAGCAAAAGUUAGUAGAGCAUUCAGCACAAGCAUGGAGAUCAGCAUCAAGGUUACAGUAGAGGACAUGCUCACUGGCACUGAGAAACUUGUUAGUGUGGCUUUCUCUACCUUUGUAGCCAAACCAGUUGGAAAAGAAAAGAUUCAAUUAAAACCAGUCACACUUCUAACUGAACAAGAUCAUGUGGAAUACAAUCUGGCUUCUGAGAGAAGGAAAGUUCGAUUACAACAUGAAGAUACCUUUAAAAACUUGAUGAAGGAAGGUGGCAAGUUUGAUGAUCCCAUUUGUGAUGAAGAGGAAGGAACUGUUUCCACAAGGGGCACCUCUGUUCAAAGCAUUGAACUUGUCCUCCCACCCCAUGCAAACCAUCAUGGAAAUACAUUUGGUGGCCAGAUUAUGGCUUGGAUGGAGGCGGUGGCUACUAUUUCUGCAAGCCGCCUGUGUCAAGCGCAUCCUAUUCUGAAGUCCGUGGAUAUGUUUAAGUUCAGGGGACCAUCUACAGUUGGAGACCGUCUUGUCUUCAAUGCCAUUGUCAACAACACAUUUCAGACCUGUGUUGAAGUUGGAGUGCGCGUGGAGGCCUUUGACUGCCAGGAGUGGUCUGAGGGCCGGGGCCGUCACAUCAACAGUGCUUUUCUCAUUUAUAAUGCUGUCGAUGAUAAGGAAGAACUGAUCACAUUUCCCAAAAUCAAACCCAUGUCAAAGGAUGAUUUUCGACGGUAUCGUGGCGCUCUCGCACGCAAGAGAAUUCGCCUAGGCAGAAAAUAUGUCAUUUCCCACAAAGAAGAAGUUCCACUUUGCAUAUACUGGGAUAUUGGCAACCAGGUAUCCUUGAGUAAUGGCAAUGUGGAGGCUCUCAAAAGCCUGGCAGCCAAAAGUGGAUGGGAGGUUACCAGUGCUGUGGAAAAGAUAAAAAUAUACACUCUGGAAGAGCAUGAUAUUUUAUCUGUUUGGGUUGAAAAGCAUGUGAAAAGACCGGCAUACUUGGCUUAUCAUCUCUUGUCCAACUUUACCAAGCGACCUUUGUGGGACCCCCACUUCACGUCCUGCGAAGUCAUAGACUAUGUAAGUGAAGAUGAUCAGAUAUAUUAUAUCACUUGUCCUGUGGUGAAUAAUGACAAACCCAAAGACUUGGUAGUACUUGUUUCACGAAGAAGGCCACUCGAAGAUGGUCACACUUACGUGGUGGCAGUGAGGUCAGUUAUUCUGCCAUCAGUCCCACCUUCUCCACAGUAUGUCAGAAGUGAAAUCGCAUGUGCCGGAUUUCUCAUCCAUGCUACUGACAGCAGUUCAUGUACCGUAUCUUACUUUAACCAGAUUUCUGCUAGCAUCCUUCCUUACUUUGCUGGAAACCUUGGUGGCUGGUCAAAAUCUAUCGAAGACACAGCAGCCUCCUGUAUACAGUUCAUAGAGAGUGCUACUGAUGAUGGGCUAAUAAGCAUACUUUAA